CACUUUUCACAGCUUUUAAACCCUUAUCUUCCUUCUUUCACUUCCUCAAAUCCAAAAUAUUCUUGUGAAUUUUUCCAUAUCAAUCUUAAAACACCAUGUCUUCCUUCAAGAACAAGUACCAAGAUGAACUGAUUGCGAAUGCUGCUUACAUUGGGAGUCCCGGAAAGGGUAUCCUUGCUGCAGAUGAGUCAACUGGUACAAUUGGCAAACGUUUGGCAAGCAUCAGUGUUGAGAAUGUUGAAACAAACAGACGUGCUCUUAGGGAACUCCUAUUCACCACACCUGGUGCUUUUAAUUGUCUCAGUGGUGUCAUAUUGUUUGAGGAAACUCUAUACCAAAACACAGCUUCAGGAAAACCCUUUGUAGAGUUAUUGAAGGAAGGUGGUGUUCUUCCUGGUAUUAAGGUUGACAAGGGCACCGUGGACCUUGCCGGAACUAAUGGUGAAACUACCACUCAAGGUUUGGAUGGGCUCGGUCAACGUUGCCAAAAGUACUACGAAGCCGGUGCCCGUUUUGCCAAAUGGCGUGCUGUGCUGAAGAUCGGUCCAAACGAACCAUCCGAGUUGGCUAUCCAUGAAAAUGCCUACGGUCUUGCUCGAUACGCAGCCAUAUGCCAGGAGAAUGGCCUGGUGCCUAUUGUGGAGCCAGAGAUUCUGGUGGAUGGACGCCAUGACAUCAACAAAUGUGCGGCAGUGACGGAGCGUGUACUUGCUGCAUGCUACAAGGCACUGAACGAUCACCAUGUUCUGCUUGAAGGAACAUUGUUGAAGCCCAACAUGGUGACUCCUGGUUCUGAGUCUCCAAAGGUGACCCCAGAGGUGAUAGCUGAAUACACUGUUGCGGCGUUGCAGAGGACUGUUCCUGCUGCAGUUCCGGCUAUUGUGUUUUUGUCUGGUGGGCAGAGUGAGGAGGAGGCAACCCUGAACCUGAAUGCCAUGAACAAGUUGCAGGGAAAGAAGCCAUGGUCUCUUUCUUUCUCUUUUGGAAGGGCUCUUCAACAGAGCACUCUUAAGGCAUGGGGUGGGAAAGAUGAAAACAUCAAGAAGGCUCAGGAUGCCUUCAUUGCUAGGUGCAAGGCAAACUCCCAAGCAACCUUGGCAACUUACAAAGGUGACGCUACCCUUUCCGAGGCUGCUUCUGAGUCUCUCCAUGUCAACAACUACAAAUACUGAUAAAAGGGUGCAGCAUGAGUAAGUGGUCACGUCAGGGGCAUCAGAGAAAAAGCACAUUGUUAUAUUUAUAUAAACACUUUAAUUUGCUAUCAUGUUUCCAUUAUUGUACAGGUGAUGCGGUUUUGCUCCUUUGACCACCCAAUUACUUAACUGCCUCUAAAUAAGCGUGAAGACAAAGCAAGGAAGAAGGUUGAAGAGAGAAACCAAAGUUGUGUUGUGUAGUGUUAUGAUAAGGACUGCCAAUAUGUCUCCCCAACCCUUGCAUUUGGUUUUCCUUUAGCAGGAAACUUCUUUACUCUUUCCCAGGUACGGAUACUGUCUGCCCAGGAGCGUAAGAUGUAUCAGUAAUAUUUAUGUAAUGCUUAUGCAUAUGUAUGUAUCUGUGUAGUAGUAGCGAUAGUAGUGCCACUACUACAUACUCUCACAAUGCAACAAAAUACUUACACUGCA